CGAACAAGUAUCUGAAUUAGGAACCGAUAAAUUUAGUUCGAUUCUAGAUCAAGAAUCGAAGGGCUCCAUUAGUUGGAUCAUUUCCAUCCCUAUCACUAACCAUGCGUGGCGCCAUGUAAAUUUAUGGGUAAUGGAAAGUAGAAAACUUUAGGGGAGAUUCUAAUUCCCUCCUUUCGUUUUGAUUGAUACCUUAAAUACAUACAUAUAAACCAUGUAUUCAUGUAGACACAGACCAAGGGUUCGAAAAUUCACCUAAUUUCUUGGUUUUGUGGUCAUGGGCCGGAAGAAGCUGGAGAUAAAGCGAAUCGAGGAUAAAAGCGCUAGGCAAGUGACGUUCUCCAAACGCCGUAAUGGGCUGCUGAAGAAAGCCAAGGAACUCGCCGUACUCUGCGAUGUAGAAGUCGGAGUGGUUAUCUUCUCCAGCCGCGGAAAGGUGUACCAUUACUGUAGCACCAACAGGUUAUCUGAGAUCCUAAAACCUUACCACAGCCGUGUUGAUGCAGAACCAAGUGCAUCGGCAAAAGUUCGUGAAACAAAGGAGAACUUGCUGCCAGAAGAGAACAGGCUUCUCAGGGAGAAGGUAGGCGGAAACAAGAUGGAUGAGAGCACAAACAGGAUGAUUAUGGAUCUCAGUGUUCUCCCACACACUCCAACGUUGGGUGAACAGCAACAUGUAUUGCUUGAUUUGCUUUGAAUGGAAAUUGACAAUUGCCAAUGCUGAUCGAAACAAAGCAACUUUAUCAGUAAUAUGGUUUCGUCUAGAUUCUUGUAAUGUGUACUGUGUAAACCCUUGCGUGAUUUGAACCUUGAAUGCUAGUCCUGGAAAGACAUAAUGUCUGUGUCUGUCUGUACACACAAGUUUCUCUUAUAUCAAUAAGCUUCACUUGUGUGUUAUGGUAAAAAAAAACUCCAUGGAUUUGGAUGUCAAUUUUAUUAUUUUAUAUAGUUACCCUACUUUGUGCAUGUUUGGCAAAAGCAUAGCUUACGAUUAAACCUGUCAAACAUACUUGUGCUAUCCACCUUUUAUCACAAAUAAGACCAACAAUUUAUAAUCAUUUAUAAGCACUUCAAGCAUCUACUUUGUCCAUAUCCGAAAGAGAUGCAGAUCACUCUCUACAAAAGAAUAAAAAGUAGCGUUCAAGGUCGAACUAUUUGAGUACCCUUUAACUAACACAACUUUGUUUGGUAUCAUAUAUUGUACAAUAAAAACUUGAGUGACAAAAAUGGCAGGUAUUCUGAGGUUAACACUGUUUCCUAAAUGAUCCAUGACGAUAUGAAUCAUUCAUUCCGUACUAGUUCUUAGAGAAUAUAUAGUUGUCAAGUGGAGAAAAUUUAAGAGUCCAGGAAAAUGUGCGGGGAGAAAAUGAUUUUCAAAAAAAAUUAUCCCACAC